UUGCUACGCUGGAUAAAUUUAUGGCCAUUGCCUCACAACCGGCAGACAAAUAUGUCUUCAAAAUCGAGGACUAUAACGGACUCACAGGAAUACUGGAAAACUUUCAAAAAAAGAUCUUAAAAAUGGAAGCCUUUGUGUCUUUGGCUUUCAACAUUGAUACGACAACCCCCAACAUCUCUACAGAUAUCUCUAGAGACAAAGUGCUUAAUUUCAUGUUUUGCAGGAACGAAGGGAUACUUGUGACGGAACCCCAGCAGCUCAACAGAUCUCAAGAAACAUGCCUGUAUGAUCUAAACCAAACCCACCAGUGCCACGUUAUUCCAGAAUGCACAAAAAAGACAGUGGACCUUGUCUUUCUAUUUGAUGGAUCAGGGAGUAUGACCGAAGACGAGUUCACAAAAAAUAAAGAUUUCAUAGUGGAUAUAAUGAACAGCCUUAAGAACACUUCAAUCAAGUUCGCAGCAGUUCAGUUCUCCUCAAAUCACAGGAAGGUUUUUGACUUCAAUGACUAUCAAGCUGGUAGUGCUCUUGAUCGACUCCACAAAGAACCCCACAUGAAGUCUCUCACCAACACACACAGAGCCCUCAAAUUUGUGUUGGAUAAUAUCUUGGAAAACCCAGUUGCAGGCGCCUCUCCUGAUGCAACUAAAGUUCUGGUGCUAAUCACAGAUGGAGAUCCCAGUGAUACCGACAGAGAUGAGAUUAUUAAAAGAUAUGAUAAGAAAAACAUAAUUCGCUUUGUCAUUGGGGUCAAAGUUGCUACGCUGGAUAAAUUUAUGGCCAUUGCCUCACAACCGGCAGACAAAUAUGUCUUCAAAAUCGAGGACUAUAACGGACUCACAGGAAUACUGGAAAACUUUCAAAAAAAGAUCUUAAAAAUGGAAGGAUACACUACUGCUAUUGGAGAGAAGAAUAACGCUCCUCUAUACUUCAUGGGUGCACCAAGAUUUAAGCACACAGGACAGGUCAUACUUUUCAAAGACAAUGGUAAAAACUGGACUGCAGCCCAGAGACUAAAUGGAGACCAGAUUGGUUCCUACUUUGGUGCGGAGCUGUGCGCAGUAGAUAUCAACUCAGAUGGUAACACAGACUUCCUGCUGGUGGGAGCUCCACUGUUUUACCAGCCUCAGGAGAAGAGAGAAGGCCAGAUCUAUGUCUACACACUGACUGAUGAGAUGCGACUGGAAAGUGAACUGAAUGUGACAGCGCCAUCCAUGGGUAGAUUUGGCAACACCAUAUCCAGCCUUGCAGAUCUGAACGGAGAUGGACUUCGAGACGUUGCUGUUGGAGCCCCCCUUGAGGAUGAUAACAGGGGGGCUGUAUACAUUUACCUUGGUGACAGAUACAGAGGGAUAUGCAGCACUUUCAGCCAGAGAAUCAGGGGAAAGGAAAUUGAACCUUGGCUGAGAUUCUUUGGACAGGCCAUCCAUGGGGACAUCGACCUUGAAGAGGACGGACUCCCAGAUAUUGUGAUUGGAUCACAGGGCACGGCUGUUGUCUUAAGGUCCAGGCCUGUCUUUAAGGUAUUGGCACAUCUGUCUUUUCAACCUGAGGAGAUAAGCACUGAGAAAAUUGACUGCCUAGACAACACAGAAGAAAAUGUACCCAUGGUUACCUUAACAACUUGCUUUGAAAUGGUUGAAACAACAAAGAGCAAAGCAGGGACAACAGUACCAGGACUGACCAUCUCAUAUACACUUGAUGUGGAUCCAACGAGACAAAGAGGUUUCUUCAAUCCCAACUAUAAGGAAGCUAGGAAUCUCACUUCUACUUACACUCUGAGGGAUAAAGACAGCUGCUUCAGCUACUCCAUCUACAUGCCAAAAUGUGUGGAAGACAUAUUAUCACCCAUCAGCAUCAGACUAAACUUCUUCCAAGUCGACAGUGAGAACGCGAGUGCCUUCUUGAGUGUGGACAGCAAAAGGCAGGUCGCUGUUGAGGUUCCCUUUAAAAAGUAAUGUUGAGAAAAUGACAUCUGUAUUGAUGAACUUGAGAUGGACUUCAAGUAUGCACAUCUGACAACAGUAAAAGAGCAGCGUGGAGCCGUUUGGAGGGCAAGAACUGAAAUUACUCUGGAUAAAACCAUAAUUAUGUUUAAAAAUUAACCAACAAUUAUGAGUAUAUUGCUAUUCCUCCAUACUAAUGUGGGCAACUGCUAUAUUUCUAAAUAUACAUUACAAUUACACUAAUUACACUAAUGCUCUUGAUAUAACGUGCUCCAACCCCAACUGCACCCUCCUCUCUCUCCUUUCUUACAUGUUGAGGCCACUCACUACUUAUUACAAGAUAUUCAUGUCAAGAGCUCAUUGUAAACAAAUAUAAUCAGCAUAUAUCACAAACAUACAGACAUCGCACAUAUAUCCACGGCAUACCAAGUUUGUGGUGUAGUAUUGAUAAGAUGUACUCAUGUUUCAUUGUCCAAGAUGUAACUUCUGUAGAUGGCAUCAUAAAGAAAAACCCCUUUAAAGUUGUCACCACUCUUAUUUGGCUUGAUAAACCAGCAUGUAACCUGAUUUAAAACCAGGAACUUGAGUUGUUUAUAUUGGUGUCUAAUAUAUUUCUGCUAAUUUUGAGCCCUGCCUGGGCUAAAUUUCGAAAGGUAAUAUCUGGGAAAAUCUUCAACUAUUAGGGGACCUAAUAUGUUUUUCCUUAUUUUCUGUCAUAUAUAUAAUGUUACAAUGUCAGAUGUUCAUAUUAAACAUGGCCAAAAUUUCAAAUAAUGAGGUAAAUGUACGUAAAAGUAAUCCCUGUGAGACAAAAGCUCAGGCAUCAGACUGUUCUGAGGGCUAGGUUUCCAAUGGUUCUUAUAUUUUAUAUAUCUCUCUCUAUAUAUCUCUCUCUAUCUCUAUAUCUCUAU